AUGCAGCGAACUACGCCGACGUCGUCCACGACGCCUACUUUUCCUCCCUUUUCCGUCGGCAUCUUCACCAACCCCAGCUCCUACUCAAGACCAACAACGCGCGACGGCAGCAUCGAUCCGCUUCAUCCUCCACCGCAUUCGCCGCCGCCGCCGAUUCCUACAUCAGGCCCCGUCAAGGAGUCUCGCAAGGCCUCGUUCUCGCGAAAAGCCUCGCUCUCCGGAAGCACGCGUCGCAGAGGCUCCUCUGUCGGCUCGACCGCUGCCUCGAACCCCAAUGCCAUCGUGACCGACGCCACGGCACCACCGGCAUUGCCCGAUUACGCACUGCCCGCCGCCGCCAAGCUUCGAAGCCGUGAUAGACGGGACGUGGGGAGUGUCGACGACGGCGUCCAAAGUCCCGUCAGCCCAACCGGCGGUAGCAGUGGUCUCGUGAGCAUGAGCAGGACAAAUACCGGCGCCGGGAGCUACUUCCCGCCCCCAACCCCCGUCGGGGUUCCAUCCUCGUUGAACGGCACAGCAGCCAGUACUUGGCAGCAGAGCGAAGCGAGCAUGAUACACCAGCAAAUCACCGAUGUGGCCAACAAGAGGAUAUCAACCUUGGACUACCUGCGAAAGGCACACGAAGGCCGGGUCUACUGGUUCAACACGUAUCUCUUCGAGCGGUCCGACCUGUCACGGAUGCAGUGCUUCGAUCCGCGAAAGCUCGCCCGCAAGGCGGCAAACUACCUCCUCCUCGGGCUCUCCAUCCCGACCAUCAACGACCUGUACUCGUCCACGCCGAUUGAGUUUCUGCGCUGCCUCAACUCGCUGCUGUCCGAGUUCGACUCGUUCCAGCAGCUGCACGGCGACUCCUCGGCGGCCCUCGCCCGGGCCCGGCUGCCAACCAUGUUUCGCCGCCCGGGGGGCAAGUCGCGGCGCUCCACGUCCGCCGCGGAGAUGCACCUCGACGACUCGACCGCGUUCCCUCCCCCCGGCGGCGCGGGUGCCGGGAGCGGCGCGCCGUCCGUCAUGAACUUUGCCGUCUCGGAGAGCGACCUCCUCCCCGGCGAGGAGUACACCUAUCUCCUGACGCCGGCGCUCCCCUUUGAGCCCGACUUUUUCGAGACGUUUGCCACGCUGUGCGACGUCUUGGUCGACUGCUACUCGCGGUUCCUGGCGUUGGUGCCCACGCCGAGGGAGUGCUCUGCGCCGGUUGCCGAGCUCUUCACAAAGGUGGAUUCCAAGCUGCGCAAGAUUAUAGUACAGGGCGUGGUGAAGGAGUUUGAAGACCAUAGCAGAGGUCAUGUCAAGACGGAAGUGGCAAGUAUCGGCAAGGUCGUCCUGGGGGGGUUAAUGUGA